CGACACGGAGCGACAUGGCGACACCAGCAAACGGAGCCAUCACCAUCAGCUUCCCUCAGGGGGCGCUGAGGGGGCGCAAGCUGAGGACACCUUCCGGCCGCCCCUACUGCAGCUUCCAGGGCAUUCCCUACGCCAAGCCACCUGUUGGCCCUCUGAGGUUUAUGGCUCCAGAACCAGCAGAACAAUGGUCUGGCAUUCUUAAUGCAAUGAAAGAAGGUCACAUAGCUCCGCAACGUGACUUUAUCACGAAGCAGUAUGCGGGAGAUGAAGAUUGCUUAUAUGUAAAUUUAUAUACCCCAAAGAUUCCUACAAAUGCCGAUAAACAACUGGUUCCUGUUAUGGUGUGGAUUCACGGUGGAGGAUAUUCUGUGGGCAGUGGAAACUCUGAUCUCCACGGACCUGAGUACUUGCUUGAGAAUGAUGUCGUAAUUGUCACUUUCAAUUACCGCCUUGGUGUCCUAGGUUUCUUGUCGACUGGAGACGAGGUAAUUCCCGGAAACGCAGGCCUUAAAGACCAAGUUAUGGCGCUCAGGUGGAUCAGGAGCAACAUAUCCCACUUCGGAGGCGAUCCUGAGAAUGUGACGAUAUUUGGUGAGAGUGCCGGUGCUUUUUCCUGCCAUCUGCUCAUCUUGUCUCCGGCAACCAAGGGUCUGUUCCACAGGGCCAUCCUGCAGAGCGGAGCUACGUCUCGAGAGUCUGUGUGUUCAUCGCUGAGAGACAGGACGUUCCGGCUCGCCAAGUUCCUUGGCUUCACUGGAGAGAGUUCUGAGGAUCUGCUAGCAUUCAUGAGGGAUCAACCACCCAGGAAGCUUAUAGAGAACAUGGAGGAGGCUUUUACACAAGAGGACAAGCUGAAGCUGGACCUCUUCGCGUUCUUGCCCACCAUCGAGCCGGAGAGUGCACCAGGCGCUGUCCUUACUGAGCAUCCACUGGAGCUCCUCAAGAACGGGAAGUUCCACAGAAUUCCGAUAAUUUUUGGAAUCAACUCACGCGAGGGAAUCUUGUUUCUGCUAGCAAUCAGCAACAACGAAUCUGCGAUGCGUGAAAUCAACACAAAUUUCCAUAAAGCGCUCCCCUGCAACCUGCCUGUGAAGAAAGACGACCGUGUGGCAACAGCUAGAGAAAUCAGGCGCUUGUAUUUCGGUGACAAGCGGCUAGAUGGAUCUACUAUCGAGCUCUACGGAGACCUUCGAGGAGAUCUGAUGUUUGGAUACCCAGCAUGGACCGCAGCCAGAAUUCACUCGUCUGUACCUGCCGCUCAGCCCGUAUACUUCUACCACUUCGAUGUCGUAACAACACUCAACCGAGCCAGAAAAAUGGUAGUUGCGGAAAACGUCACAGGCGUUGCCCACGCAGAUGAAUUACCGUACCUGUUCACUUCUGAGGCCGGUAAGGAAGACGAGAUACCAUCAGAUUCUGUCGAGGCGAAGACCAUCGCACGACUGACCCGAUUAUGGACAAACUUCGCUAAAACAGGGAAUCCCACACCCGACCAUCACGAUCCGCUCUUCGCCGUGACGUGGCCUCCCUUCACCAGCGAGGACCGCAGCUACUUGGACAUCGCCAACGACGGCCUGAGAGUGAAGAAAGACCUAAUGAAGGACCGGAUGCUUUUCUGGGAUAAGAUAUACGGAUCCUCAGUCACCACAUCCCCAGUCUUACACCAACAGUUGUACACGAAAAUUAAAAACGCCACAAUAUUUUAAGAGUAGGCCUGAUAGUUUAGAGCGGGUAUCACCAUUGUAGUACUGUAUUUUCUUCAUGUGGCUGAAGUUUACUCACGAUCACAAACUUUAUAAGCUCAUAAUAAUUUUUCCUGUGCACAUUUUCAUGAUAACUUGUCCUAAUGGUGAGAGGACAGAAAAUAGAACGGAAAGCACAAUC